AUGCCGCCGGCCCCUCUCCCCUCUACCACCAUGGCCAGCCGCCAUCUCCUCCGCAGCCUGGCGAUGUGCUCGCCUACAACAACUCAAGCGGCUCUCCUCUCAACAACACGCUCCCUCGUCCCAGCGACUCCCUCCCCACGCUCCCCCUUGAAAUCCGACAAGACCCUCAUCCAAACGCCCUCUACAGCUGCACCAAAGUCAACCACCAUCCGCUCCUACCACUCAACCACCCACCCCCCUCCCCCACCUCCCUUCACACCCACGGAACAACUCCUUCUCUCCGCCGCCCUCAAACACGUGCCUACGCACGGCUGGACUGCUGAAUCACUCGCCCUAGGCGCGCGCGACACAGGGCACCUGGAUAUCUCCCCCGCGGUGCUGGCCGACGGGGAGUUCGGGCUGGUACGGUGGUGGCUUUGGAGCCAAAGAGAGGGACUGAAGGAGAGGGUUAAGGCGCUGGAGAAGGAGUUGGAGAGGCUGGGGGUUGAGGAGCGGGUGGAGGUUAUUACGUGGGAGAGGUUGAAGGGGAACGUGGAGGGGGGUAUCGUGGGGAGGUGGCAGGAGGCCCUAGCUCUAAUGGCCCUCCCCUCCUACCUGCCUCAUUCCCUCAAGGAACUCGCCCUCCUAGCCGACGAAAUCAUCUACCUCGCCGGCGACAAGUCGGUCGAUCCCUCCUGGUACACCAAGCGCGCCUCUCUCUCAGCCAUCUACGCUGGGACCGAGCUCUUCCAGACGACAGAUACUUCUCUCGACCAGCGCGAGACCCGGGCUUUCCUGCGCAGGAGACUGGACGAGGCGCGCCAGGUCGGCGGUGCGGUGAGGAACGUGACAGAAUGGGUUGGGUUCACUGGGGCUGCAGUGGUGAAUAUUUUGAGGAGUAAGGGGGUAAGGAUAUAA